UCCCGGCUUUAGUCGUCUGAGCACUUGACUCGGACUUCUUGGGAACAGCAAAGUGAUUUAAAGCCUGAAAGGAGAUGAGCAAUCCUCCAGACUCAGGCAGAAAAAGUCCCAGUGACACAGGAAGCCAUCUGGUUCCUGAUGCGUGACUAGUCGGCAGUGUCGGGCAGAGCUGACACUGUCCUCGCUCUGUCGUGGCGUCUUCAAGCAGCUGCUGGGCUCCCUUCUCUCUCUUCACUGGCUGAUGGAUCCCCAGGGGCUCCUCUCCUUGAGCUUCCUGCUGUUUCUCUCACUGGCUUUGGAGCGGAGCUGUGGAACAGGUGAGAGCUUGAAUUGUCAAGGGGUCACGGGGCAGUUGGGAAGAAAGUUGCUGCUGCCUCUGGACUCUGAAGGGAUAAAUAAGAGCAUGAACAAGAGCAUACACAUCCUCGUCACAAAGGCAGAAUCACCGCAAAAAAAUGUCAAGGAGAAAAUAUUGUCUGUGAAUCUGCCGGAAAGGGACUCUCCACGCUUUCUGGAAAGUGGCUAUAAAUUUCAUCUGGAAAACCUAAGCUUGGAGAUCCUGGAAAGCAAGAAGGAAAAUGAGGGCUGGUACUUCACGACCCUGGAGGAGAACUUUUCAGUUCGACAUUUUUGUCUGCACCUGAAGCUCUAUGAGCAAGUCUCCACUCCAGAAAUAAAGGUGUUGAACUGGACCCAGGAGGAUGGAAACUGCAGCUUGAUGCUGGCCUGCGAAGUGGAGAAAGGGGACCAGGUGGCUUACAGCUGGAGGGAAGAGGCGGGCACUGAAGCACUGAUCUCAGCCAAUAGUUCCCGCCUGCACCUCAGCCUGGGCCCUCAGCAUGUCCACAACAUCUACAUCUGCACCGCGAGCAACCCCAUCAGCAAACGGUCACAGACCUUCACCCCGCGGUCCAAGUGCAUGCUAGAUCCUCCAGAACUGAGACCAUGGGGACUGUAUGUCGGGCUCUCCUUAGGGGCCAUCGUCGGUGUCAUCUUGACUCUCGAAGUGGCUGUGCUGCUGUUGAGAAGAAGAGGUAAAGCAAAUCAUUACCAGCCAACAACAGAAGCAAAAAGUCUUACUAUCUACGCCCAAGUCCAGCAAUCAGGUUCCAUUCAGAAGAAGCCUGACCCCCUGCCACCUCAGGACCCCUGCACCACCAUUUAUGUCGCUGCCACAGAACCUGUCCCAGAGCCUGUCCAGGAACCAAACUCCAUCACAGUCUAUGCCAGCGUGACACUUCCAGAGAGCUGACCCCACAGACUCAGUGAAGGGACUUUCUGAAGGAACGUGGUGGGGCCAGGAUAAACACUGCACUUGGCCCCGAGUCCCCAGCCCCCCGUGACACUCUGCAAAUCUGUAUUCUUCUCAGAUCGACUCCCUGGUGAUGCUUCUCCCAUGGCCACCCGUGGGACGGACAAGGGGCUGGUGCUUUCCGAGCGCUCAGCCUGCUCCUCAGGGCCCAGGCCCAGAACAGAGAACUGAUGGAAUAGCUUUCCGCCUCUGUGGUGUCACAGCCGAAGUGGGUUAUGUGGGACCCGUGAGCUCAGACCUCCAGGAGUCUUGCUCUUUGCCAGGACUGGACAAGAAGAGCUGAAGGAGGGAAAUUGGGGUGCCCAGUGCCUCUCAGACAGCUGCCUGCGACAGCUCACGUGCCUGUGCCUGGUCCUGGGAGCUGCCCCCGCUCUCCACGCAGCCCUGCUCAGGGCUCUGUGCCUCACUUUCUCUCUCUGGAUGGGCAGUGAAGGGCGAACUCCUACCAUAUGUAGAACACUCUGCGAUUAUUCUAUGAAAGAAGCUCAUAGAGUCAGUAUUUUAUCUGCAGAACCCAGAAGCUGAAGGGUCAAUAAACACAGCAAGACUGUGAAGUCUCUGAGCUUUGAAUAAUGGAAGGAAAAUCACCUAAGAGUCUUAAAAAAGUAUAGGCUAUUUAAGUAUAGUAUUAUAGAACGUGUAUAUACUUAUAUAUGUGGUAUUUAAGUAUUUAAGAAUUCUUAAAAGUAUUCCAUGCAGAUGGCAUUAGGUUUAAAGAAACGUGACAAGUGUUUGCGGUGACACCAUUAAAGAGAAGUCGGAGUUGUCAGAAGUGGUCCCGGGCUGAACUUUCACUUCUCCAAGUGAUUUUUAAGUCCCAAGUUCACUGUUGACUCCAUGGAACAACAGUGUGGAGCCUCAGCUGAGACCCUCUCGCCGUGUUCUGAACCCAUUUUACAUCCACAGCCUCACGUUGUCAGGGUCUUAACCAGGGACCUGUGUCCCCCUCCUCAUGCUCAAUUUAGAGCAUUUAGUAGAAAAUGAACAUAUUGUAAUCCGACAGCCGCAAACAAUUCCAAGCUGCACGACUUCAUGCUUCAGGCCACAAACAGACAGCGCCUCUUUCAGCAAAGGCCUAUUCUCUUCCUCUUCUCUGUUCUCAGACCACUUCAGUGUAAGCUCUUCCUUCCCGUAGGUUCUUGUGUGACCUUAGUGAACAUUGGUUAGGAAAUCACCAGCAAUCUCACAACCGUAUAAUGAGGGUCACCGGCUUUUUAGCUCAAGGAUGCCCCGUGCCAGGUGCACUGCUCUCGUCCUGCCAGAACUAGACCCCGGCUCUGCCACCCUCUCCCCUGCCUCAGUGGGAUCAGCAGCCCACUAUUGCCGGUGCUCUGUCUGCACCAAAGUGACCUCUUCCUUAUCUCUUCCUUUCUUAUUUCUAAUUCAGAGAUUGGGACUGAGCAGCCGGUCACCCACACCCAUGUCCUACAUCCAAGGGAGGCUGGCACAUUCCACUUUCAUAGUGGCUGGUGGGCUCUGCCUCUUAGGAGUUAGGAGUUCUGCAAAUGUAAGCAGUGGGAUUCAAUGCUGGGAAGGCAAAAAAAAAAAAAAAACCCAAAAAAGUUCACUACACCACCCUUGUCUAAGCAUAGGCUCAUUAGCUGUCUAUUCUCAAAGACCGAUGAAGCUACUAUCAAGGAUUUGUAAACUCUGAGGUUGUGAGCACUCAGUCCUUUGCGACAGCUCACACUGUUCUAGCAGGUUGGUUCCAACACUUGGGUUUUUCCUGUGGCCGAACUCCACCUGGUGGAAGGAAGGAAGCAAAGUGGGGAAGAAGGACCUCGGCUCAAGACCUCAUGGAGGACAAUGGCUGUGCCUGUGGACCUUCAGGUGGUCCUUCGAAUGACUUUUGGUGCCCAGUUCUGCACCAUCAGGCUCUGGGUUCAAGGGGACAGCAGAUACCCUCAGCAGAUACCCUGCCCCGACGGCACCGCUGGUGGGCUGGAGCGUUCCUUUUCUUCAGGCCUAAAAAAAAGAAACUGAUACUUUAGAGUCCAGUUUCCCUGUUUCUUCUCUCAUCUUCUUUUGACUGAGCACAUCUGAAUUCUGGAGAACUCAAGAGGAACCGACAAUUCCUGGGUUUAGGGGACCGGUGAUGCUCUGCAGCACGGCUCGGUGCGGCCCCAGGACUGUUCGGGACACUCACUCUGGCCACGUGAGCAGACGUGCUGGUAAAGGGUGCGAAUGUGUGCCAAGGAACCCCUGAUUACAGUAAGUUACGUCUCUUCCUGUGUUUUUGUAUCUAAUAAAAUUCGGAAAAUCCAUCAA